AUAAUCACACACAUUGGAAGAUAGCGUACCUAACUGAUUAACAAUACCAGCAGAUGAGACUGGUGGACCAAAGAUGAUUAUUUCAGUUUUAUCACUAUUUAGCUACAAAAACUUCAUGUCCAUGCUGCAUUUAAUGUCAUUAAAAUGUUCAAAUAGAUUUGACACCGAACAGCACUGAACACCAAACACCAAAUAUGUAGGCCUUCCCCAAACUGUUGCCGCAAAAUUGAAACCACGCAAUUGUCUAGAAUGCCUUUGUUUGCUGUAGAUCUAAGAUUUUUCUUACUGGGAACUAAGGGGCCCAAAUCUGUUCCAGCAUGACAAUGCCCCUGUGCACAAAGCGAAGACAUGGUUUGCCAAGGUUGGAGUGGAAGAACUCAGCUGACCUGCACAGAGCCCUGACCUCAACCCCACUGAACACCAUGCUCCAAAAUCUAGUGGAAAGCCUUCUCAAAUGACUGGAGGCUGUUAUAGCAGCAAAGAGGGGAUCACAUUUGGAAUGGGAUGUUCAACAAGCACAAGACGGUCAAGUGUCCACAUGCUUUUGGCAUUAUGUGUAUUAGUUGUUACUAGGAGUAAGGAAGUGCUGUAUUUAUGGCAGAGGGGUCUAGACUUGGAUUUUUCUAAAGCUGCUUUAUCAGCAUACAUUAAUGGCAGAAAUAAGAUUACAUUAAAAUAAGGAUUACAGUAUAUAAGUCUUGAUUUUGCAAUAUUUAAAAAACUAUGAUAAGUGAUAAGACUAUCUGAUUUGGUUCAUUCUGAUUCUCUACUACUUCUUGGUGCUUCUGUACUUAACCCACCUUCUGAUGUUGUGGUCCCAUAUGGAUGCCUGUCCUGUGCUUAUCCCAGGACUCCUAGUCACAAUGUGUUCAUACUGAACAUCCGGUUAGUAGUAUUGUUUGGCUUUAUAGUGUGUGGUAUAGUUGAUAGCAUAGCCACCUCACACCUCACUGUCUGUGCAGUGUUUGGCAUGUUCUCCCCAUGUCCAUGUGGGAUUCCUCCAGGUUCUCCUGUUUUCUCUCACCUGCCAAAGAUACACUAUAUGGCCAAAGGUUUGUGGAUACCUGACCAUCACAUUUAUAUGUGCUUUUUUGGACAUCCUGUUCCAGAUUUAUUCCCCCUUUGCUGUUAUAAUAAUCUCCGCUCUUCUGGGAAGGCUUUCCAGUAGAUUUUGAAGCAAGGCUGUGUUCAUUCAGCCAUAAGAACAUUAGGGAAGUCAGGCACUGAUGUCGGGUGAGGAGGCAUGUUGGCAUUCCCAUUCAACCCAAAGGUGUCCAUUGGGUUUGAGGCCAGGGUUCUGUCCAACCUUGGCAAACCGUGUCUUCAUGGACCUCACACUGUGCACAGGGGCAUUAUCAUGCUGGAAAUUGUAAUGCUACACCAUACAAAGACAUCCUAUACAAUUGUCUGCUUCCAACUUUGUGACAACGGUUUAGGGAAGCCCCAGAAUCAGGCAAGUCAAACAUCCACAAACUUUUGGCCAUAUUGUCUAGGUGGACUGCCUACUCUAGGCAUGAAUGUGUGUGCAUGGUGUCCUCUGAUGGACUGACGUCCCAUCCAUGGUGUGUCUCUCCUCAUGCCCAGUGUUCCCGGCAUAGAACUCCAGACCCACCACCACCACCCUGACCAAGAUAAAGCAAUUACUGAAGAUAAAAGAAUGAAUGAAAAAUCAUUUUAAAGAGAGCAAAUCUGUUUGCUCAAAACAUUCUCAAAACAAAUGUUUCUGUUUCUGGAAAUUCACACAACUCCCUAAAUAGUAAUAAUGAUUUGUAUGGGUACACCUUAUGUAAUACCAUUUAGAAAAUGUCAGUGAAGCAAAGGAGGGGACUGAUCCUUUACAUACCUGUGCUAGGUGUGUGUGUGUGAGUGAGUGAGAGAGAGAGAGAGAGAGAGAGAGAGAAAGAUUGAUUUGCGCUCAUCCUGUGCUCCUCCUGUUUGCGUCAGAGGCUCACCGGUGCGGAAGCAUUUAGUCAGAACAUCGCACACCUGUGUGUUAAUCCUCAGCGGCAAAAAAAAAAAAAAAGUAUGUACACUGUUUUCUUUUAUGUUUUCAGAAAUUUAACAAUAUCAUCUUGUAUAUGAUAUCAUCUUGUAUAUGCUUAGUGAUAUUUCCUGCAGUUUAGACUCUGAUAGGAACUGAUACUUGACUCUAGAGUCCCAGUUUCUUAGAAAAUGAUAAGGUGCUGCUAAUGAAUUAAAGCUCACACUAGUACAGGAGAAACCUGGUGCUCAGGAGUAAGAUAUCACCUGGCUCACUAUUAAACUGCAAAUCAAGCUUUAAAAUAAAUAAAUAAUGAAGUUAAUAUAUUUAACAGCUUAGACAAAUGUUACACAAACGACAGUAAACAGAUUAAGUGGCAGCUGUCAGUGAGAGGCGCGUCUGCGCAUGUCUGUGUUUCUACAUUUUCUUUGCACAAUAUCACUGAUCUGAGGUCAUUUUCAGGUGAAAUGCUAAGACUUUAUCUGUUCAAAAGAUCAGACUAGAGAAAGCGAAAGUGUGCUUGAGUUACCAGGCAAAAAAAAAAAAAAAAACACCUCUUUUCCUUCAGCCCUGAGUAUUUGUAUGUGUAAUAUGCAGAUUUAAGAUGUCAUCAAAUUCAAUUAUCGCAGCAUAAUUUCUAAACAAAACCCAAGAUAUGAUGUAAAUGUAUAUGUUCAUGUAAAAUUAUUUCAUUAGGCUGUGUGAACUCCAGCAUGUCCUUCACUCUCUCCAUCUUCUUCUGUCUUCUAUUCCAGGAAAUUCGACCUUAACACAGAAAACUCAUUGCAGGAGCUCAUACAGUCAGAGGAAGCAACUGUUUGGCUUCAUGUGUUCAGAUGAAACACAAUGGCAACUUCCUGUUUUCUUGCUACUCAAAAGAACUUCCCACAACAUCUGACACGUGUAUAGUCACCAAAAAUAAAAGACGUGAGUUAAAGAACUGAGGUCUAGCCUUCACAAUGAGGAGUUUUGACUGAAAACAUAAGCAUGUACUAAUCACAGCGGAGUUGUUUAUAUAGUUGCUGAAAGAUUAGAAGGACUAUGAGGGAGGAGAUAUGAUAAAGUCAGCUGCUACUGCCAGCAAAGCUUGAAGACGCCAGUGGAUUAUUUUACCUGCUUUAAGCUGUGCAUUAGAUUUUUAUUGCACAGAUUAGAUGAAAGAGGUGUGUCUAUGAAGUGUGAGUGUGCAGCGAUGGAGAACCUUAGUGAAGAUGGCUUUGAGAGAUGUGAACAGUUUGGGGACUGGUCCACCUGCAGCUCUGAGCACUGGGAUGAGGAUCACAGGGACAGCAGUGGCUUUGGGGACUGGACUAGUUUUAAAGAAGAUCUCAGUGAAGAGAGUGAUUCUGCAGACUUGUCGUCUCAGGAAGGACAAAUUUCUGGUCAUGAACACAAGGUAGAGAGAGGUGAUGAGCCCUGGACUGUGAUCCAUGAUUGCUUUCAUUUUGAGGAGAUGGUGAGAGAUACAGACAUGAUGGAUGUCCUGCCACUGUCACAGCUACUGCACAUCUCCACACACACACCUCCUCUGCCAGCAGUACUAUUAAGAAAGGGUGCCAGCUUUUACCACCAGCUGUUGUGUGAGCCGAAGUCUCCAAGCAUCACGGGUUCUAAACCCAACUUGCAUUCCCACAAGCAGCUCAUUGACACACUACAGCUCAAACAAUCCAACACUUUGCAGAACAGAGAUUUACCUCACCUUGGGUUUGAGAAGCCUGAAAGUUCCUCUUCUGCUCUCAUUCAAACUAAGCUAACAGCACCCACGUGGUGUCAGAAUUCACCUGGAUUCUUCUACCAGAUCUCUCGCCAGUGGCUCAGCCAGUACAGUUUGAGACUACAGGAUCAUCAGGACAAGAAAGACUUGCUGUAAUGACACACACUGCCUACUGCAGUAAAACACUAAUAUUCUGUCCACAGAAUAACAUCAGUCUUUCUGAUAAUAGAGAAAAUAUCAACACAUUAACACUAACACAGAAAAAGACCUUUUUUUGUUGAGCUUCACACAUUAGAAGUAAGUGUUACAAGGGCUUGAGAAUAUUCUGAAUGCAAAAUAAAUUGACUCUGUGUAUACAUCCAUUAUGCUUGAUCCAAAAAAUAUCAUAGUUAACAACCAAAUUAAGUCCAGAAUUAGGCAAAAAUAUAUAUAAACUGUGUCUGAGGCAAUAAAAUAAAGUGUUUACAGAGCAAGUUUCUACAAAUCUGUUCUGAAACAGGGACGUCCUGUAAGUUUUUUCACUGACUCCCUUUAAGUAAUCUGGAGAAACCUGGAGCUUUAGUGGCUAAUUGCUUUUGCAGAUCAGUCCAAAAGUAUUGCCUACCCGUUUUUUAGGUUUACACCAACAGUUCCUUGUCAUCCUGCUUGUCAACACCAAGACUGGGAAAUUUAGGCUAUCAAUAUCUCACCAUCAGCUUUUCCACUGUUGUACUUUCAGUACAUUUUGCAUCAUAUGGAAACAUUUCUACCUCACUGUCAGACAUAUUUAUUUACAUGUGAAACCAAGUAGUGGAAAUGGAAGCUGUAAAUACAUGCUUGAACAACCCUAGACAUGAAUUGUAUAUUAGUAGAAAACUAGUUGUCAAGACUCUCCAUAAUUAAUAGUUAAAUUUUUCUGCAGUGGUAGCUCGUCAACAGGCAAGUGAGGCAGAGCUUCAAUUAUAUCAGUCAUUCAGUAAAUGUUAAUCUUCAUAAAUUUCAACUUGGUGUUCAGAAAAUGGGACCUGCAGCAAGCUCCAAUAGAGGCCCAUAGUGGCAGGGAUCGCUCUGCACCAAGCUCACUCUAUGAGCAGUUUCACUGGGGUAGGAGCAGUGGACAGACAGUUAAUAACACUUAAAUUUGUUUUGAAUUCCAGCCUGUAAGGAGUCAAUUUAGUCAAUUUAGUUUUUAAUUAGAUAUUUAUUCAUCAUAUAUCAAAUUAAUCAAGUGCUGGCAGUUUGUCUGUAAUCUACUGAACCAUUUCUAUUGUAAGAUGUAUUGCAAAGAUGUAUUGGGAGAGGGAAAGAGGGAUUAUGGAGUGGAUAUAUCUGUACAUCAAAAAUAUGUGUGAACUACUUGUUUGCCACACAGAGGCUGAGAAGAAUGCCCCCUUUCCAUUUCCUGAUUUUUUGGGGGCUAGCUUCAGGCCUUUUGUGUGUUUUUGAGAUGUAGAUGGGCUGAAUUUUUUAUUUUUUUUGGCUGAAACCUGUCAACCUGGUUAUUGACAUUUCCUUAAACACAGCUGAACAAAUGUAUGUCUAAAAUCACUCAACAUGGGCCACUAGACUGUAUGCUGGAUGCCUGUAUGUUGCUGACUCUCAACUGCCUAUUACACCCUUACUAAAAAAAUUCACUACAUAGUAGCCUAUAGCAUGAGUGUGAUUAGCCUCUCAACUGAAUUUUGUUUGAGGCUAUGUGGUUAUUAAUGUUGUCCUGUCCCACCAAAAUCUCUGCUCAAAGCCAUUGCAUUUUUUGGUAAGCAUGUCAAAAUACCGAUUAAUGAUUCACAAAAUGCCCUAAAGCAUAUCACUGUUUUUAUGCUCCCAGUAUUAGGUGUUGGAAGAGGAGAUAGCUCCAGAAAAAUAAAACAUUUGAAUUGAAUGAACUGAAUGGAUUAUUUUGUUUUAAUAUUAAAGUAUUAUGUAACUACAGUACAAGCAGCACUUUUUCCACACUAUGUGCUAUUUGACAUAUAAAUACGAAUUUAUUAAACACUAAAUACAUUGAACAUACCUUAUGUACACCGAUCAGACAUAACAUUAUGACCACUGACAGGUGAAGUGUAUAAUAUUGUAACAUAAAGGUUGUAACAUAACAACCCUGUUAAGGGUUAAGAUAUAUUAGGCAGCAAGUGACCAGUCGGUUCUCAAAGUUGAUGUGUUGGAAACAGGAAAAAUGGGCAAGCGUAAAGAUUAGAGAGA